UAACAGAAGCAGCAGCCUAAUUAAGCAGCAUGCUGGCCUCAGCAGAGACCAUCAGAACUUUCUCAGAAGCGUCAGCAGUCGGGCAGCAACCGAUUGCUGUAACUGCAAGUGUGGGCACCGUUGCCUUGUGUUGCUCUUUCCAUCGGGUGGCGUAGUAGCGGUCUGCUGCCAGCUGUACCUCCAGGUCCCAGAGGAGGUGGACCACGCUAUCAAGCGCAACAGUGUUUUGGGACGUGGAGUUUAGACAGGAGAAGAAAAAGGAUGAGUACAGAGUAGAUGGGUGGAGCAAGUGAUGGGGCUUUUUGGGAAAUACCGUGACGUGCCCGACAAGCCCCUUUCUAGUUCUUAAAAAGUGACAGCCGUACUGAAGACUGACAGUUUGAUCGAUGAAGGAGUGCCUCCCCAGUCAGCCACAUACAACGAUACGAUUCUGUCACACUCUGCCCAGCUGUUACUUGACAUGGAACCGGGAGAAUUUGAAGGUGCCAGACACGAAACAGCAGGACAACGUCCUAACAUCCUAAACGAGCAGUAUGAGGAGAAAGUACGCCCCUGUAUCGACCUGAUCGACUCUCUGCGCUCACUGGGCGUGGAGCAGGAUUUGGCUCUGCCAGCUAUUGCCGUUAUCGGGGACCAGAGCUCGGGGAAGAGCUCCGUGCUGGAGGCUCUGUCUGGAGUGGCGCUGCCAAGGGGGAGCGGAAUUGUGACACGAUGUCCUCUGGAACUGAAGAUGAAGAAAAUACAAACAGAGGAUGAAUGGUAUGGUAAAAUAAAGUACAAAGAAGUACAAAGGGAAAUUUUGCAACCCUCUGAGGUGGAAAAAUUUAUUCGAGAAGCCCAAGAUCAGAUUGCAGGUGUUGGUGUGGGUAUCUCUCAAGAACUAAUAAGUCUGGAGAUCUCUUCCCCUGAUGUUCCUGACCUCACGCUCAUCGACUUGCCAGGAAUUGCCAGAGUAGCUGUGAAGGGUCAACCUGAGAACAUUGGGGAACAAAUCAAGAACCUGAUAAAGAAGUUCAUCACAAAGCAGGAGACAAUUAAUCUGGUUGUGGUGCCAUGCAAUGUUGACAUAGCAACAACCGAAGCCUUACAAAUGGCGCAAGAAGUGGACCUUCAUGGUGAACGGACGCUAGGUAUCCUGACAAAGCCAGAUCUGGUGGACAAAGGCACAGAAGAGACAGUUGUGCGAAUCAUCCACAAUGAGGUCAUUGACCUUGCAAAGGGCUACAGGAUUGUCAAGUGCAGGGGACAGAAGGAUAUUACAGACAGGGUGUCACUUACUGAAGCACUUGACAAAGAAAAAGCUUUUUUUGAAGGACACAGCCACUUCGGCGUCCUCCUUAAGGAAGGCUAUGCCAGCAUUCCACAUCUGGCUGAGAAGCUGACUCUAGAGCUUGUGCAGCACAUUGAGAAAUCCCUGCCCCAACUAGAAGACCAGAUUGAGAGAAAAAUAGCUGAAAAUGAUGCAGCGCUAAAGAAGUAUGGAGAAGGACCUCCGACAGAUGCUGCAGAUAGGAAGGCCUUUUUGACAAAUAAAUUGACCAAAUUCACACAAGACAUUAUGAACUUGAGCACCGGAGAAGAUCUGAGGAAUGGAAAUCUGUUAUCCACACUGAGAGAAGAGUUUAGAGAUUGGAAGAAAUUCCUUGACUGUUCUGGGUUAAAAUUCAAUAACAGGUUUGAAACAGAAGAGUAUGAAACUAUGUAUCGGGGCAGAGAACUUCCUGGCUUUGUCAACUACAAAACAUUUGAGAUGCUAAUGCAGGAGCAGAUCGAACAGCUGGAGGAGCCUGCAGUAAAGAAGCUUAAAGAAGCUUCAGAUAUAGUGAGGAGAGCAUUUGUAGAACUUUCUCAACAGAGCUUCACUGGAUACCCGAACCUCCUCAAAAUUGCCAAGACUAAAAUUGAAGCCAUAAAGCAGAGCCAAGCAGACACAGCGGAGUCCAUCGUGAGGACUCAGUUCAAAAUGGAGAAGAUAGUGUACACCCAGGACAGACGAUACACUGACAACAUACAGUGUGUCAAGGUGGAAGAGGAGAAGAAGGAGAAUCCUCACUGGCAGGUUUACAGGCGAGAUACUGAGGCCACACUACGAGAUUUGCAGUGGCAUCUCAAAUCAUACUAUCGCAUCACCAGUCAGCGCCUGGCUGACCAGAUCCCACUAGUCAUACGCUACCAGAUCCUGCAGGAGGGAACCUUGCAGCUACAGCGGGAGAUGAUACAGCUACUGCAGGAGAACGACAACGAGGAUCACCUGCUGAAGGAGGAAUUUGACAUCGGCACCAAGAGGAAUAACUUGGUCUCCAGGAUCAGUCGCCUGAAAGAGGCACAGAAAAGAGUGACAUCAUUUAAUUGAAUGAUCUACUGCCAUUUUAGCCCAGAUGUUGGGCUGAUAUGUUGCAUUGUUUGUGCAUUUCGGGGAUUUAUUACUGGAAACUCAAAUGCCAUGUAAUGUUAGAUUACUGUUAAUUCAUUGUUAUUGAUAAUUAAUAAUUUAGGUAAAACUAGCUCAGCGAUGUAGAACUAAAAUGAUAUAUUUACUACAUGUGCUAUUUUAUUUGUGUUUUUUUGUCAGCAAAUGUUCUUCAGUGCAUUUCUGUAUCAUUUUUGGCAUAAACGAUAACUAUUGCAGUAUAAUUAUCGUGAUAUAAUUUCCUUCAAUAUCAGUAUGCCGAAUGCUUGAGAAGUAUACAGCUGCAGCUACCCUUCUCAGGCCCUGCCGCACUUAGGACCCUGCAUGCAAAAAAGAGGAUAAAAUAAAAGAAUAAAAUGAUCGUAACGGUA